UUCGUGAACAAAAUUGAAGUAAAUUAAAUGAUUAAAAAGUAAAUUGUAUAAUUACAGUCAAAGCUGAUGAGUUUGACCGAGUUAUAUCAUAUUAUAACCUGGAAAUCAAAUCGUGCACCUCAAGCUUCGAGCUGCUAAAGGAGGAGAUGAUAUCGUCUCAACCAAUCGUAACGCGACGUCUGUACAUCACUCCACCUGACUUCCUCUUCAAAACCCAGCUUCUACCCACAAAUCAUUUACCACCGCCGAUGGCCAGAAGAACCCGCCGGAAGUUACUCUUACAGUCCGAGUCUCAAACCGACGCCGAUCCACCGUCUAAUAUUUCGUUUCGAACUACAAAAAUACGGAAGAUUUCUUCCACUCAAAAAUCGGACAAACCACAGAUAUCAACUCCUGGCGGAGGCGACCGGACUCGAGCAUUCCCGAACCAGGAUGGUCCUGUCAAAUCUUUAUCGUCUUCGGAUGUAAUUUGUACAGCGAUCGAUCAUUUACGCCGUUCGGAUCCCCUUCUGAUAAGGCUAUUAGAUUCAUGCGAAUCCCCCAAUUUCAAGUCCAAUCCACCGUUUCUAGCCCUAACAAAGAGCAUCCUCUACCAGCAGCUCGCUACGAAGGCCGCCGAAUCGAUCUACAAUCGCUUCGCGUCGCUAUGCGGCGGAGAUGCGGCAGUACUACCGGACGCCGUACUUGGACUCUCGCCUCAACAGCUGCGAGUGGUCGGAGUUUCGGGUAGAAAAGCAAGUUACCUUCAUGACCUAGCGACCAAAUUCAUAGAGGGCAGUUUGUCGAAUUCAUCGAUUCUAGAGAUGGACGAUGAGACUCUACUGAGUGCGUUAACGGCGGUGAAGGGAAUCGGCGUUUGGUCAGUGCACAUGUUCAUGAUUUUUACUCUGCACCGGCCGGAUGUGCUGCCGGUGGGGGAUUUGGGCGUGAGAAAAGGGGUGCAGAGGUUGUACGGACUGAAAGAAUUGCCAAAGCCAGUGGAGAUGGAGAAACUUUGUGAAAAAUGGAAGCCGUACAGGUCGAUGGGGGCUUGGUAUAUGUGGAGGCUGAUGGAAAUGAAGGAAAUCGUGAAGGAUGAUGGGGAUUUGAAGAUGAACACGGCGAACGGCGGCGGCGUUGUAAUGUGAAUCUGGGUGAAUCGUUUAAGUAUUAGGGCGAAUUUGUGUCCGUGCUUCCUUUCCAACAAUAUUUCAUCUCUGCAGUUUUUGAAUUAAAA